UAUUAUCUAUGGGUGCAACAACGUGACACACCGUUGUGUCGCACGAAAAUGAUAACACGAAUAACACAAUUAUAGCCGUUUGCGGCGCAAACAAUAUUUAACACAACAUUAUACAUCGGUCCUGCGACGCUGCAUCAUGGUCAUGAAAGUGACAUCUAAGACGUUUAUACGCAAGACCAAGCGUGGUAAUAUUCUGAAGAUUGUUCGUGAACACUACUUAAGGGACGACAUAGGUUGUGGUUCAUUGGCGUGCAAGAAAUGUAAACGCAAUGGUGAAAAACCUCUUGAAAAGAAUCCGUCUGUUGACAAUGACGGUGUACCGGACAAACAUUACUUGUUGCUGGACACAAAUGUAGUGUUGCAUCAGAUUGAUGCAUUAGAAGAUGAUACCUUGAAGAAUGUUAUUAUUCUGCAAACUGUUCUUGAAGAAGUAAAACAUCUUAGUCAUAGUGUUUAUAAACGUUUAAUGGACCUUAUAGGGAAUCAUUCCCGGUGCUAUUAUGUAUUUGUAAACGUUUAUCAUAAGGAUACAUAUGUUGAACGUGUUCGUGGCGAAAGUCCAAAUGAUUAUAAUGACCGAAUGAUUAGAGUUUCAGCUCUUUGGUAUAAUAAACAUUUUGAUGGAAAGAUAAAAGUAUUAUUAAUAUCUAGCGAUGAAGCUAGUAAAGCUAAAGCAAUUAAUGAGGGAAUACCUACAAUGUCAUUGGAACAAUAUGUAAAAGGAUUAAAUAAUGUAACAUUAACUGAUAAGUUGUCCAAUCGUAAUAGUGUAGUAGAAGAAAUAAGUAAAGAGCCAAUUUUCCCACCGCAUUUAACACCAGCACAAAUUCAUAUGGGCAUAAAAUCUGGAAAAUUAUUGCAAGGCACAUUUUUUGCAUCUAAUGAUAAUUUCCUUGAAGGAAAUGUUUUUGUGGAAGGUCAAGAAAAAAAUAUAUUGUUGCAAGGAAGAGAACAUCUCAAUCGGGCUAUUAAUGGUGAUAUUGUUGCCGUUCAGAUGCUUCCAGAAAGUGAAUGGAGUGCACCUACUAAUUUAGUUAUUGCAGAUUAUGAUGAUUUGGAAUUGGAAAAUAAUUUAAAUAAUACUGUACAGCCAAAAGAUAAACACCCAACAGGUCGAGUGGUCGGAAUAAUACGAAAAAAGUGGAGACAAUAUUGUGGAAUUAUUCAACACAGUGUUGUUGAAAAUGCAACUAGACAUUUGUUUGUACCGGCAGAGAAAAAAAUUCCAAAAAUUAGAAUAGAAACUAGACAGUAUGAUAAAUUAAAAGAUCAGCGUCUUAUUAUUGCUAUUGAUACAUGGCCAAGAACUUCAAGAUAUCCAUUGGGUCAUUUUGUGAGGUCUCUUGGUAAAAUUGGUGAAAGAGAAGCCGAAAAUGAAGUUAUAUUAUUGGAACAUGAUGUUCCUCACAGUAAAUUUUCAGAUCAAGUUUUGGCAUGUUUACCAAAAGAAACAUGGACUGUAACUGACUCGGAUUUUUUUGGUAGGGAAGAUUUUCGUGACUUAGACAUCUGUUCAGUUGACCCUCCAGGAUGUACAGAUAUUGAUGAUGCAUUACAUUGUAUGGCUUUGAAAAAUGGAAAUUUCCAAGUUGGUGUGCAUAUUGCUGAUGUCACUCACUUUAUUAAACCUGGUACACCCAUAGAUCUUGAAGCUAGUCAGCGUGCAACUACUGUUUAUUUAACCGGAAGACGUAUUGAUAUGGUACCAGGAUUAUUGAGUUCAAACCUAUGCUCUUUACGUGGAGGAGAAGAACGUUUGGCAUUUUCUUGUGUAUGGGAAAUGACUCCAAAUGCAGAAAUAGUAAAUAGUAGUUUUACAAAAAGUGUUAUUAAGUCCAAAGCUGCUAUGACUUAUGAACAAGCACAAUUGAUAAUAGACGAUCAAAAUCAAAACACUGCAAUUGCAAUAGGAUUGAGACAACUUAAUAAAUUUGCUAAGAUUCUUAAGAAACGUCGUUUGGACGCAGGAGCAUUGGUUUUGGCAUCACCAGAAAUUCGUUUCCUAAUGGAUAGUGAAACACGAGAUCCAUUGGAUGUGGAAGUAAAACAAUUAAAAGAAACCAAUUCAAUGGUUGAAGAAUUCAUGUUAUUAGCUAAUAUAGAAGUUGCUAAAAAGAUAUAUUCAGAUUUCCCUGAAUUUGCUGUUUUAAGACGUCAUCCCAAGCCACCUCCUUCAAACUUUGAAUCGCUCAUUAAAGCUGCUGCACAUUUGGGUGUAGAAUUAAAUGUGGACACUAGCAAAGACUUAGCAAAUUCUUUAGACAAAGCUGUUAAACUUGACAACCCAUUUUUCAAUACCAUGCUUCGUAUUUUAGCUACUAGAUGUAUGUUACAAGCAGUUUAUUUUGCUAGUGGCACAAAAACUUAUGAUGAAUUUAUGCAUUAUGGUUUGGCAGCACCGAUCUAUACUCAUUUUACAUCUCCUAUUAGAAGGUAUGCAGAUGUGCUUGUUCAUAGACUUUUAGCUGUAUCCAUUGCUGCAGAGAAUACUACUCCUGAAUUACUUGACAAACGAAAAAUUGAUGCGAUAUGCCAAAAUUUAAAUGUUCGAACUCGAAUGUCUUCGUACGCUGAAAGAGCAUCUGUUGCUUUGAAUACUCAUAUAUUUUUCCGUGGAAAAAUCCGUGAUGAAGAGGGUUACAUAUUAUAUGUUAAAAAGAAUGCAUUACAAAUACUCAUACCAAAAUAUGGUUUAGAAGGUACUCUUUUCUUAUCACCACGUAAAGGGCAAUUGCAAAUGGUUACAUUUACAUAUAACGAAGAGGAACAGACUCAGAGAUGUGGACAAGUAGUUUUUCGAACUUUUGAUCCAGUGACUGUUCAACUAAGUCUCGACAGCAGUAAUGUUCAACAUGAGAGGAUUGUGUUAAAGCUGGUCAAACCAGAGAUACCAAAUUUUAGUAUACCAUCAUCGAUUGCAAGUACAACUACUGUUCAGCAAACACAGAAAAAUCCAAAACCAUGUGAUUCUUCAUCUGAACCAUUAUGUAAAAAACCAAAAGUUUAAACUAAUUACAUUUAAUCAUUGACAUCUUACAUUGUUGUAUGAGGCUGUAUGCACAAGUCAUUCUGUUUGGCCACUAACAACAAUAGAACUGAUUUGAUUUUUUGGACCAAUGAAUAAAUUAUUUUUUAUACAAACAAUAGAAGAUUCAAUUAUGCUUAAA